UAGCGACGCUAGCAUCUUCCAUUUUCCUCUUCUGGAGCCGGAGAAGCUUUUUCCUCUGAAAGCAGCUGUAGCUAAAGACUGAAGACUGAACAUAAAAAAUGGGCGAAAUCUUGUACGAUCUCGAACAAGCUCUCAGGUCCAAAAAGGAGAAAAUAAGGCCUGAAGAGGAAAACUUUUUCCGAGCUUGCAAGUCCGAUGCCUCUCGGUUUUUUAGGUUUAACGCUCUUGCUGCCGGCUGCCUUACGUUUUCAGCAACAGGGCGACUGAAUUUGCUUUCUCAAAUCAGCCUUUCAGGAGGAGCUGCAGCUUUAUUUGGGUUGUGGAGGUUUGGUCGGCACCUUGAUUCAUGUGUUGAUCGUGUUCUUGCACACACUGGAGAUCGAAUGCAGUUUGAGUUGGCAAAUAUAAUAUUAACAAAGUACCGGCAUGAUCCUUGGAGAAUGCAGCUUAUCUCUAAGCAUUUCUUUCCUGAAGAAGUUUUUGAUGAUACAAACCCAGAUCAGCCAAAACUACUGUGGCGGUAUCGAACUCUCUUUAAUGAUGUUAUUCGUGGUCAAAGUGCACACGAGAGUGACUCUCCCAGCUACUCCAAAAGUGACUCCAACAGCAACAACCAUGGUGACUCACACAAAAACCACACGAAUUCCUACAACAGAAUGCACAGUGACCCCCGUAAUGACUCUGACGGCAAAAGAACUAAUUCCGAGUCCAAAGAAGUUCCUGGGAACCCUGGAAUUGAUCUGAUGGAUAAUCCUUUUGAUUGCGUUUUCGGUAAUCUGGCUCUAAGGGAGGAGGUUCGUCUCCCUAAUACCUCAAGCAUACCCCCUGGAACACAUACUCGUGGCCAUAAGAGAUCUAACCGGAGGCGACGAAUGCGCCAUCAGGAUGUCCCCAUAAAUCCUCAACAUAUGGGAUAAUCAAGAGAAGAAAGAUAAAAAAAAAAGGAAACUAUUAAUUGUGAUUAUGAGAAGGUCUAUUUGAGAGUUUGAAGUUUGGCAAUGUGAAUUGUGUAGGAAUGUAUUGAAGUUGGGGGAUUUAUGGCCAUUUCGUUUUGAUAACUAUUUUCCCCAGUAACGUCCCUCGAUUUUUAGUUUUUAUAGAUAAAAAGGCCAUUGGUUAUUUGUAUUAUCUGAAAUUGUAGAUUUCAAGCUAAUAAAAGUCUGCCAAAAUCAAGACUGC